GUCGCGUCCUCGCGAAGCUCGCACGUUUUUGGUAGCAGCGAGAGAGUGUAUCUGCCGGCAUCACUACAGUAAUCUGAUCAGCAACAGCACGGCAUACUUGCAGCACCAAUAGAUACACGCUCUCGCCGCAGAGUCUGCACAAAUGUAUUGUGCUGGCUGAUUCAUGCGUGUCGCACUCCUGCGGGCCGUGCGCUGCACCGCACGAUGCAGCUCCAGCGCACCCCUAGCCGCCCUGCGAGCAGCUGAACUCGCACACGGCACCGCAAAGCUCGACCUCGACAUCGCCGACGCGGACGCCGGCGGCCACGCCUUGCUCGGCCGCAACGGCAGCGGCAAGUCGCUCGUCGGCCGCGCGUUGUGUGGAGACGCGCACAUCAAAAGCGGUUCGCUCGACCGGCCGGCCCGGACGGCCCACGUCUCCUUCGAGGCCCACGAGGCGCUCGCGAAGGAGGACGUUACUGUCUAUGAAGCCCUGGGCAAGCUGCAGACCAAAGCGUCGAAGUACCUCGCGGUACGGUUCGGCCUCCACCCCCUCCUCUGGAGGCCCGUCAAGGCCGUGUCCACGGGCGAGAUCCGCAAGGUGCUGCUCGCUCGGGCCCUCUCGGCGCGGCCCGACCUCGUCGUGCUCGACAACGCCUUCGACGGGCUGGACGCGCCGUCCCGAGCGGCCCUGGCGAAGUUGCUGUCGCAGAUGUCGCGCGGCUGGGGCGACAUCCUCGUCAGAGACAUGCCGUCGGCCAAGGAGGCCGCGCGGACGCAGCUCCUCCAGGUCACGCACCGCGCUUCUGAAAUUCUGCCCGAGGUGACGCGGCUGACCUGGAUUACGGAGGAGGGCGCACGGACGGAGGCACGGACCGCGGACGACGACCUCGAGGCGCGCCUGCUCGCGGCGACGGCCCGCGCGGACGUCGCGCCCGUCGCCGAUCUGAUACGGGACCUCGGCCCGCCUUUAGAUGGAGACGAUUUGUUAGUCGAGGCGCGCGGCCUCGGCGUCACGACCGGUGACACGACGAUCCUGCGGGGCGUCGACUGGACCGUCGCGCCGGGCGAGCACUGGCUCGUCGCGGGCGGCAACGGCGCCGGCAAGUCGACGCUCGCGGCGCUGUUGACGCGGCCCGCGGGCGACGACGGCGUACGGUGGGGCCCGGCGGCGACGCGAUCCAUCGAAGGCGAGGUCCGGACGACCCGCAGCGUCGCCUGGGUCUCGACGGAACUGCACCUGCGGGCCGCCGCGUCCGCGCAAAGCGCCCGGGCCAUGCUGGCGCUCUUCGGCGCCGAGGACGCGGCGCCCUUCGCGGCGGGCCUCGGCCUGCGCGACCUCGAGCGGCCCUUUCGCGCGCUGUCGCAGGGCGAGCAGAAGUUGCUGCUCGUGGCCGCGGCCGUCGCCGCGCGGCCGCGGCUCCUCAUCCUGGACGAGGUCACGCAGGGCCUCGACGCCUUCCAGCGGGGCCGCGUCCUGGCGCUGGCCGAGGCCUACGCGGCCCGCGGCACGCUCGUCUUCGUGACGCACCACACGUCGGAGCACCUCCGAUGUCUGACGCACGUCCUGCACCUCGUCCAGAACGACGCGCCGGUCUACUGCGGCGCGCGCGCGGCGUGGGAUCCUCUAAUCUAACAUAAGUGUGUUC